AUGGCGCUUCCCAGCAAGUUCUUUUUAUGGUUUGGCUGCUUUUCCUGGCUGUGUUUUCCUAGGAGCCUUGGUUCUCUAGCUUCCAGGGGAGGAGAUCAGAUUGCAACCAGUGCUGAAUUGGAACCUGAGGCUGAGCCCUGGUCCUUGCUGCAGCCUCCAGAUGGGAGAGACAGAUCUGGCCUCCUUCCCCCGCUCUUCAAGGUCCUGUGUGAUGGGCAAGGGGGGGUCCCUAGGCUGCAGCCGGACUCCAGGGCUUUGCGCUACAUGAAGAGGCUCUAUAAGGCAUAUGCUACCAAGGAGGGGAUCCCCAAAUCCAACAGAAGCCACCUCUACAACACUGUGCGGCUCUUCACCCCUCACAUCCAGCACAAGGAGCAGGCUUCUGUGGACCAGGUGACAGGACCCGUGCCAUCCGUGGACCUGCUGUUUAACCUGGAUCGGGUUACCGCUGUGGAGCACCUCCUCAAGUCAGUGUUGCUGUACACUUUCAACACCUCCGCCUCUUUCCCCUCUGCUGCUCAGUGUGUGUGCCACCUGGUGCUGAAAGAGCCAGAGUCCAGUGCCAGCAAGACUCCCCCCGGAGCUCCGCACCCCGUCACCUUUACGGCCCCGUUUGAAUUAAAAAGGAAAUACAAGUGGGUUGAGGUUGAUGUGACUGCCCUGCUUCAGCCUCUCGUGGCCUCCGACAAGAGAAGUGUCCACGUGUCGGUGGCGUUUACGUGCGUGAAAGACAAGCUGCAGCGCCCGUCUGCGCAGGACAGUGCCUUCAACCUGGUACGCCCCUCCCUGCUUCUGUACCUGAAUGACACGAGUGCCCAGGCUUAUCACAGGUGGUACUCGCUCCACUACAAAAGGAGCCCUUCCCAGGUUCCUGACCAGCCAGGCCUGCCUGCCUGUCCUGUAGGGGAAGAGGCUGCUCAGCGAGUCAGAUCUCCCCGUCACCGGAGAGGCCGGGAAACUGCCACCUCGGCACUGAAGAAGCCUCUGCUUCCAGCUUCUCUAAAUCUGAGUGAAUACUUCAAACAGUUCCUUUUCCCCCAAAACGAGUGUGAGCUCCAUGACUUUAGACUUAGCUUCAGCCAGCUGAAGUGGGACAACUGGAUCGUGGCCCCGCACAGGUACAACCCCCGGUACUGUAAGGGGGAGUGCCCGCGGGCGGUGGGGCACCGGUACGGCUCUCCCGUCCACACCAUGGUGCAGAACAUCAUCUACGAGAAGCAGCUGGACUCCUCCGUGCCCAGGCCGUCGUGCGUGCCUGCCAAGUACAGCCCUUUGAGUGUGCUGACCAUUGAGCCCGAUGGCUCCAUAGCUUACAAAGAAUAUGAAGAUAUGAUAGCCACGAAGUGCACCUGUCGUUAA